AUUUGUGUUCCUUGUAUUAAUUCCGCCUUGGCGAAGGCCGGUUGCCACCGUCUGGUGUGAGCAGUUUGAUCCAAGCAUCCCACGUCAACAACUCGAGACUCUUCCGCCUGCAACGAGAAUAACAGCAAGACUGCAUCGAUAAAAGCAAACCCGCGGGUUCUAGGGCGCAAGUCGCAAAAAUGGCGACACCGCAGAAAUUUACCAUGACUGAGUUUCGGCGACCUGUCGAUGUGGUGCUUGCCCCUAACAUUACAGCGGAGCAAUUGGAGAAGUGGCCUGCUUUCAAAACCUGGAGGACUACCUUAUGGUCAAAUCUGGAACUGCAGUACACAGACUCGGAGCACGACUUCAAGGACGACCCGUAUUUGCUGAAAUCAGUACUGAUUCAAUCAGUUGACUGGUUCGGAAGAAGAGUCGGGUUCCUGAAGCUGAAAGCUGUUAUUCGUAACUCUAAGGGAACAGAGCUUCCUGGCAUCGCAUUCUUGCGAGGAGGUAGCGUGGCCAUGCUGAUGAUACUGCGGCCUAAGGAUUCCAGGGAUGAGCGAUGGGUCGUUUUGACAGAGCAGCCACGGGUUCCUGCGGGCAGCCUGAAGUUCGUGGAGAUACCUGCUGGCAUGAUAGACGAGGAAGAGAAGUUCAGUGGGGCCGCUGCGAAGGAGAUCUUUGAAGAAACAGGAUUCACUUUGCCCGAGUCAGAGUUGGUCGAUUUGACGGAGCUGGCGCUGCGUCGCUCUGUGAUGUCGGAACCAUCGAUGAAGAAUGCAAUGUACCCCAGUCCUGGUGGUUCGGAUGAGUUCAUGCCAAUAUUCCUGUGGGAGAAGGAGUUAGAUCGUCAGGAGAUUGAAGAUCUUCGUGGCAAAUUGACCGGUGAGAAACGACAGGGAGAGAUGAUCACGCUGCGAGUGGUCGGUUACGAGGAUCUCUGGCGAGAGGGUGCCAGGGAUGCCAAAACAUUGGCAGCUUGGGCCUUGUAUGAAGGUCUGAACAGAGAGGGAGCCAUCAAGCAAGAGCUCGACAGGCGCAAGGAAGAGCUCAAUGACACUGUAUCGAUCGAAUACGAUGACUCAGGAGAAGGCACUGCUGCAGGCACUCAAGAAGAAGACCUUAUCGCCAAAAGACAAUGCGACCCAGAUGUCGCACAUGCAGAUUGAACGCUGUGGAGGAGCGCAUGACUGUGCUAAAACGCUCGGAUAUAACUUGAAUCAACGAAUUAAGAUGUUGUGUAGGAGUGUAUCACUGUGCUAAAAAGCUUGGAUAUAACUUGAGUCAGCG